AUGGCUGCUUCGAUAAAAACUUGGUUCUUGAUGGUAUUGUUUCUAUGGGCUCCACAGUUUUGCAUUGGUAAUUUUGUUCAAUCUGAGUGUUUAAAUGUUCCGGCAUCGGAAUUUGUAAGCUCAGUAAGGUCUACGAUCGAGGCGGUCGAGCAGGUAAUGUCCAUUGUAUCCAAAUUUUCCGGCAUCUUUGGCGAUGAUCUCCGGCUGUCCACUGCCAUUUCUGACUGUCUUGAUCUGCUUGACUUUUCGAUGGAUGAACUGAGCAUGACAAUCUCUGCUUCUCAGAAUUCAAAGGGUUUUGCGGGCACAGACAGCUUUGUCAAAAGUUUGGUGUCGGGUACCCUCGACCGAAUCACCUCUUUAGUCCGUGACAUGCUUUCCAUGGUACGCCCAUCUCCUAAUGAAGCGCCGUCCAAAGGUGCCCGUUCUAGCGGCAGUGGUGAUCGUUCAGGUGGCCGAAAGCUUAUAACCAAUGACCAAUUUCCAUAUUGGUUCAAAUCCCAUGACCGGAAACUCCUUCAAGCCACCAAAGGUGUGACACCAAAUGUGGUGGUGGCUAUAGAUGGCACAGGGAAUUUCACGAGCAUAAUGGAUGCUGUUUCGAGUGCUCCCGAUCAUAGCACCAAAAGAUAUGUCAUAUACAUCAAGAAAGGUGUGUAUAGAGAAAAUGUAAAUAUCACUAGGAAGAAAUGGAACAUUAUAAUGAUUGGAGAUGGCAAAGAUGUUACAGUUAUUUCGGGUAAUCGAAACUAUGUUGAUGGCUGGACCACAUACAGUACUGCAACAUUUGCUGUUAAAGGGAAAGGUUUCAUAGCACGGGACAUAACAUUUGAGAACACAGCCGGGCCUGAAAAUCACCAAGCAGUUGCCUUCCUAUCAGACUCUGACCUCUCAGUGUUGUACCGUUGUGGUAUGAGAGGGUAUCAGGACACAUUAUAUGCACAUUCGAUGCGCCAAUUCUACAGAGAAUGUCACAUUACCGGUACAGUCGAUUUUAUGUUCGGUGAUGGUACUGUUGUCUUUCAAAACUGUCAAAUUCUAGCCCGAAAAGGCCUUCCAAAUCAGAAAAACACCGUAACUGCACAAGGUCGCAAGGAGUCAGGUGAAAAUACGGGCUUUUCCAUCCAGUUUUGUAACAUAUCGGCAGAGCCUGAUGUGCUAGCAUCAUUGAACUCCACACCAACCUACCUAGGUCGACCGUGGAAGAAAUAUUCUCGUACUGUAAUUAUGCAAUCAUACAUUAGCAAUGCCAUUAGGCCCGAAGGAUGGCUCGAAUGGAAUGAGACAUUCGCAUUUGGUACUUUAUUCUAUGGUGAAUACAUGAAUUACGGCCCCGGAGCUGGUUUGGGCAGUCGAGUGAAAUGGCCUGGUUACCAUGCAAUUAAUGAUUCGGCUCAAGCAAGUACUUUCACAGUGUCUCAGUUCAUAAUGGGAAAUACAUGGUUACCUUCUACUGGAGUUAAGUACAUUGCGGGCUUGGCAAUUUGA